UAUUUCAAAUAACUUUUGAAUUGUUUAUUUAUUAUGAACUAGUAUGAUGAAAUUAUCAAAAUUUGAUGAAGAAUUGCAGAGUCUACAACUUGACAGACCAGUAGCUGGAAAGACUGCAUUUCAGCUUCAAAGGCAUACGGUUGAUGAACAAUACGAUAACAAACCUAUAGAAAGAAGUCUCUUCAUUUUGACGAAAGGAGACGAUUUACAGAAAUUGAGUGUUAUUCAGGCUUUACCGGACCUCCUUCAAACAGAUAACAAUGCCACCAUAUCUAGAAUCAUCCCAAAAAUCCAACAAGAAUUGCCAAACUCCUCUUCCGAAUUUCAUCUUGUUACAAGUAAAAUUUUCAAGCUCCUAAUCGAAAUGAAACUCAACCUGAAUCUGAUGCGUCCUGUUCUACAAGGAAUUGAAAGCAAAGACCCGAUUGUAUCCAAUGCUUGGAUUGAGACACUACUUGCAGUUAUUCAUUGUCUAGCGGAACCCCCUUUGAAAAAUGACGUCUUGCCUUUUGCUACCAAAAUGUCUCAAUUGAAUAGAGCUGUUUUCUUUAGAGUAAACAGUUGCAAAAUACUCGGACAAGUUGCUAUCCAUCCAAAAUUUUCUUCAUAUGAAGUGAAGAAAGAUAUUCUUCCAUUGGUACAAAGCUUGUGUCAAGAUUGCCUUCAUGAAGUAAGAUCAGCAAUGUGUACAGAGCUUCCUAAUAUUGCCAAAGGACUUGCUAGUGACACAGUUGUGAAAAGUAGCCUGUUACCAUGUUUGGUUGAAUUAUCUAGCGAUGAGAAUAUGCAUGUUAGGGCAGCAGCUGUAGAUGCGGUGGCACUUCUCAUACCGUACAUGAAUUCAGAUACAAUACGGACAACUGCUAUCCCCUUAGUCAAACAGCUGUGUAUACAAUGUAACAGGGAAGGCGAUCAAACGUACCCAUCUGUAGCAAAAAUAUAUGGCAAUCUUCUUACGAAUCUCGGAAACAAUUUGUCGCAAACAGAGUCUCUUUGGUUUCUAGAUAAUUUUAGAAAUUUGUCUAUGAGAGGAUUAAGUUUAACUAACGUAGACUUAGAUACUGAUCCAAGUCUGGCAGUUACUUGUAGAAAUUAUUGUGCUUACAACUUACCAGCGGUUACUUUUUUCACAAUGAAUCAUUUACAAACAGAACUUGGCAAAUGGUAUAUGAUAUUCAAAGAUUUAGCUGGUGAUCCCUGCUAUAUUGUCAGAAAAACUGUUGCUGGAUGUAUUCAUGAGAUAACUAGAAUAUUGGACAAAGAAAGCAAAUUGAUAGUUAUAGACAUCGUAAAACUCCUUCGUGACGAUGCUGAGGAGGUACUUGAUGUUCUGGUACCAAACAUUGGUAAUACUCUCGAACUAUUGGCUUCGACUGGAAUUCUCUCAAGGGAACAAACUUCUCAGACUACUUUAGAAAUAGGUCGCGCCCUUUUGAAAUGUCAAGUGGAGAUAUUUAGAUAUUAUAACUGGCGAAGGAAAAUGGAGUUCCUGAAACAACUAGAACAAUUGCCGAUUUGUGUUAGUGCCGAUUUCAUUCAUCAGCAUUUCGCACCGUUGGUUCUAAAAUUAACUGUGGAAGCGAGAUCUAAACCUGUGAGAACGCAAGCAGCUCGAACAAUGCUGAUAUUUUUACGAUACAGCGCUAAGGAGAAUCACAGGAAAUGGAUUAGAGAAAACCUCCUGAAUAUUUUGUGCAACUCUACUUCGUGUUAUACGAGGCAUAUUUUUAUCAAUAUGUGCGUCCACGCUAUGGAGAUAUUCAGCUGGAAAUAUUUUAAGGAGUAUUUUUAUUUGCCUCUCUUAGGGCUUGGAGAUGACCCAGUGUCAACAGUUCGUCUGUGUGUGGUAAACCUUUGUCCGAUGCUCAAACAAAUGCUCGUCUUACCAAUAGAUCGUAAUCUUCAAUUGAAACUAGAGAACUUUAUGUCAAAAAUUGAGAUGAUGGAGAAAGAUAAAGAUGUGUUAUCUUCUUUGAAGACGAAAUUGAAAGAGAUGCGAACACCUCAGAUUAAUAAACAAGAAACUUUGAUGGAGGAAAAAAGAAAGGUUGAAGAAGAAGAUAAGAUAUUGCAGGGAAAAUUAUCUCUUCAUACAGCUAUUGGAACACAUACAGGUACUUCUAUCCGUUCAGUGAAAGAUACUCCUCGAGUUAACCUAACAGCUCAGACCAAACCAACCUAUCGUAGAAGGUCUAUUACAUCCACAAGUUCUAACGAGAUGAGCUUCUUAGACCAUCAUUUUUACGUAGAUGCUGGAGUAGCUUUACCAGAUAAUUCUGAAGGUUCAUCUGUUGAACGAAGUAAGUCUAGUAUCGAGAACAGUAUGUCACAUUUGACGAUAGAGAGAAAGAUGUAUGUGAAGGAGGAAAAUACAUCAGAAGUAUCUGUUGAAAACACCAAUGUGGAAAAUAUGUCUGAUGAAGAUUUGAUUGAGCGGGAAAUAUCCACAACUAACAUUACAGACGAUGAAAAGGCAAACAUUCAGAAGAUUAGCAGUUCUGAAAGCGUCACCAAAAGUAAACUGCCAGUCGAGUCAGUUAAAAAAAGAAACAAAAGGUAUUCCUGCGUUCUCACCGCAGAUCAUUCAUCGUUCAAAAACUCUGAGAAGCGUAGAAGUCUGAAUAUAGGAGGCGGUGAAGUCAGUAAAAUUCCAGUUUGCUUCAAAACUGGCAAGAAAAUUGAAGAAAAAUCAAAUAUGAGACGAAGUAAGUCCAGCAGCGUACAAAGUAUUUAUAGUAGAAGUCGAGUUGAAUUAACGUCCAGCUCAUCAGCUCCAAAGUUGACAUCAGACAUUCAACAGAGAGGAAUGAACAUAGAAAAGAAAAGUAACUUUCGUGGAACAAGGCUCUACAAUAUUAGCGGGGAUAAUAUGGGUAAUUUAGAGAGUAUUAGUAGAGCCGAGGUCAAAGAAAAUGUGCCAAUAGAUGACAGUAUUAAAACUACCAUAUCCAAGCACAAUAAAGGAUCUACUCCAGCCAAAGUAUCUAAUUUACCAGUAUUAAAAAGACGUUCGGUGCAGUCCAAUCUAAAAUAAAAAUAUAUAUGAUAUGUAUUUACAAUAUUUAUUAAAUAUUUAUUGAUGUAAUCGAUGUUAUGUAUUGUUAAAAUGUAAUAAAUAACUUUAUUUUUCCAAA